GUUCCCCCCCGCCCCGAGAGGCUGCAGCCUGCCUCUCGUAUUGCUCCCUGCCCCAGGGGGCACAGGCAGGAGCGGGCACCCCGCUGAGCACCCAGCUCCGUGGCCGAACAGACCUUCGUUGUCAGAGAGCAGACCGGACAAAGGGUUUUGUUCUUAUCCGAACACUGAGGCUUUGUGCAGAUUUGCUUGGAGAGCAGCAGCACUAAGCCAGCAGCCGGCCUGGCCUCAGCACCCCCACACGAUUGCUGCUAGGUGGAGUUUCUCCUCUAUUGUCCCUGCCCUGGCAAAGAGAACAAUUGGUACAAGGCCACUAAGGAGCAACUUCUCCGUCUGGGCGGGAGGCGGGGCCCCCAAGAGCUGGCGCUGGAAACCAGAGGAGAUUUAUUCCAUCCCCUGGGACACGCAGCUGCUGCCCAGAGCCCAGCUUGUGACAGAGGAGAGAACCCCCCCACCUCCACAAACCACACGCAACCCAAGCCCCAAAAGGCCGUGACCCUGGAGGGGUCCAAAACUGAUGUCCUGUCACUGAGCGCUGGGAGAGGAGACUGACCGAGUACCACCGCGCCAGGAGACGAGGACACCUGCUCCCCCGCCUCCUGCGGCGGUCGUUCUGGACCAUGGGAAAUGGCAUGAGCAAGAUCAUCCCGGGCCUUUACCUUGGAAACUUCAUAGAUGCCAAGGAUUUGGAGCAACUGAACAGGAAUAAGAUCACCCACAUCAUUUCAAUCCACGAAUCUCCCCAGCCACUGCUGCAGGAAAUCACUUACCUGCGCAUUCCCCUGCCGGACGCCCCCGAGGCCAACAUCAAGAAACACUUUAAGGAAUGUAUCAGCUUCAUCCACCACUGUCGUCUGCAUGGUGGGAAUUGCCUCGUGCACUGGAGGAGGGAUUUGGAAACCAGUGGAGGAGACUGUCAGGGCCCUGGGGUGGGGUCUGGGAGGAGAGGCUGCCUCCGAGGAGGAGAGGAGGGAAUCCGCUGGGACGGGUGCACCUGGGGGCUGUGGCAGGCCAGGGCAAUGAAGGGCAGCACGGCCCUGCUGCCAGCCCAGUCCCGCUGUGGUUCCAGCCUUGCAGGGAUCUCCCGGAGCACCACCAUCGUCGUCGCCUACAUCAUGGCGGUGACGGGCCUGCGCUGGGAGGAGGUGCUGGAUGCCGUGAAAGCCGUGCGGCCCAUUGCCAAUCCCAACCCUGGCUUCAAGCAGCAGCUGGAGGAGUUUGGCCGUGGGGCCGUGCGGAAGGUUCGCAGACACCUGGAGCAGCGGUUUGGAGCAGACCCUUUCAGUGAUGAGGCGGAGAUCAAGGCCCUGCUGCCAGCAGGCAGAGGAGGUGCGUCUGGGGCACAGGGAGCCAGGCAGGGCCUGGUGCCCCAGAGCAGAAGCAUCAAGGGCACCACUGCACACUUCCUGCUGCGGGUGAAGAGGACCUUUUCCUGCAUGCCCACCUGUCUGAGAUGAGCCCAGCUAAGGAGCAGGCAGGCGUGCGGCAGAGCAUGCUGGGACCAUGCAGCGCGACAGACUGGUAGAUACGGAGGCCCAGUCUGGAGCGUCACUCCUGGUACGUAGAGGGAGAGGUGCCAUACACAGAGCAAGCACUGGACCACAAGCCAGGAGCACCCGGGCUCGCAUCCUAGCUCUUACUGGGUUCCUUUGUGGUCUCACACCAGUCACCUGCCUCAGUUUCCCCCAUCUGCAGAGAGGGGGAUUCAUUCUUCCCCCUCUCCUUCCCAGACAGCCAGAGGAUCAAUUAGCAAACACGCAUAGCCCAUUCAGGAGACUCAGAGUACCAGUCACUACCACUAGCAUAUGAAGGGCCCCAGGCACAGUUCAGCAAGGGCGAUGGCUCACAGCAGCAGUGCAGGGGACUUCCCUGCUCCAAAGACGUUGCAGUCACAGCACUUUCAGUGGAGGCUACGCAGAACCCACGAAGGACAGGGGAGCUUCUUACACAGCUCGGUGCUGCAGCAAGUGACUUCCCCUGGCAAAGUAGCACGUGUGACAGGGGUGUGAGCACACGUAGUUCACUAGCAUGGGCCGAGGUCCAGUGCUAGGCACCAGGCCAAGACAGCGGAAGUCCAGAGCGAGCAUGGCUGCAGGAGCCUGCUGCCCCGCAUCCCCGCAGAGGCCGGGAUGUACCUCCGGGAGGUGGAAAACGUCCAACACGUGGCCAGACUCUGCAGAACUGAACAUCCAGCCCACUUAGCCUAUAAUAAACCUCCUCGAGUGCCUCUGCUCUGGCUGGACG